AUGGGUCUCAACAGGGUGAGACCAAAAGUCGAUAAUAUUGAAUAUCACAUCAACUUCUCAAGAAGUUCAGAAUCGGGAUCACCUCCGGCUUGGUUUAACGAGACUUGGGACAACGAUCCCGAGAUUCGACGCUUCCUGUUUGAGAACGAGGUUUCUCGCGACCAGGUGAGCUGGCGAUUUUGCGCAAUCUACCACAUCCCUCGCUACGAACCAAACAUUAUCAUCGAUACGUGCCCUUCUCCCUCUCCUGCUCCCCCGGUCCUGUCACAACCGGCGGUUGUAACUUCAAAGCUCGACCACACCAAGGAGCUAGCAAGCUCCUCAGAGCUGUACUGUGCCUGA